CAUGAGUGAAUGUAAACCUCACGUUUUAGAAAUGGCCACCUACCUUCCCUUCCCUAAAACUGUUCCACCAAUAAAUUAAAACUGCUUCCGGCCACUCUACAUAUAUAAUAUAGCGUCAGUCCUUGAGAAACCCCCCAACCAUUUUCAAAACCUGACCCUUCUUUCUUGUAGAAAGUGAGGAUCGAAGUGCAAAAUGGGCAAGAGUGAGGAGGUGGUUCUACUGAACUACUGGCCGAGCCCGUAUGGGAUGAGGGCAAUGAUUGCGCUGGCGGAGAAAGGAGUCCAGUACGAGUACGUCAGCGUGGACGUCGUCAACAACAAGACCCAACUUCUGCUUCAGAUGAACCCGGUUCACAAGAAGGUCCCCGUCCUCAUCCACAACGGCAGCCCCGUCUGCGAGUCUCUCGUCAUCGUGCAGUACAUCGACGAGCUCUGGGCCGGCGACGCCAAGCCUGUCUUCCUCCCUUCCGAUCCAUACCAAAGAGCCCAGGCCCGAUUCUGGGCCCAUUAUAUCGACGAGAUAUUUGAGUUUGGGAGGAAGAUCUGGAUAAAGACAGGGGAGGAAGUGGAAAAGGGGAAGAAGGAGCUAGUUGACUCCCUCAAACUCAUGGAGUCACAGCUUGGUGACAAACCAUACUUUGGAGGGGAAGAGCUUGGGUAUGUGGACAUUGCUCUGGUUCCAUAUUACAGCUGGUUCUAUACCUAUGAGCAGUUUGGGAACAUCAGCAUUGAAGCAGAGUGCCCCAAAUUGGUGGAUUGGGCAAAGAGAUGCAUGAAGAAGGAGAGUGUUAACAAGGCUCUUCCUGAUCCUGUUAAAGUGCAUGACUUUGUUGUCAUGCUCAGGAAGAAAUUUGGCGUUGAUUCUUAGUAAUAAGUGUACGUGCUACAAUGUCCAAUGAAUGGUUGCUUAAUAUGGCUUUAAUGUAAUGGUAUAACAAGCGAAAUAAGGAGGGAAAUAUGGGUUUUGCCUCAAUUUCAUGUUUGGUUAUUUGAAAUAUCAAUUAGAUACUCGCUAAUCCCCAACUCUUUUUGUCAAAAUGUCACUUUCAAAAUACUCAAAACAAAAAUAAUGUUUUCAAAUAACAUAUUACAAGAGCAAUAGUUUUCAAAUACAGUGAAUAGUCUUGAUAUGCCAGAAUCAGCUCAUAUGGGAGUUGGAACAGCAAGCAAAGGCUCGGACUUUUGCAAGGCCAUCCCGAACAUCUCUUCCAUAUCUAUCUUCUCUAGCAUGACCACGGUUGGCAACUUCCACUCAACCAAAUGAACCAAGGAACCAUCAUGUGCAACAUUCUCAAUGCUAACGGCAUUCCAGGACAAAUUCUUCUUCCUACGCCGAAUGGAAGCAGUUCAAAAUUGUUCCCCUUAGCAUCAACCUUUGAACUCAAGAAUCUUUCCGGCAUGAAUGAGUUCCGGAUGUAAUCGGAUCCGGCCUAUUACCCAUACAUUGACUAGAAUUUUAGGCUUUGGCACCUUUGGGCUAUGUGAAACCACAUAUUUCCACAUCCACCCCGCCUUGCGAGGAAGUAGUAAGGGAACUGGUGGGUGUAGUUUAAAGUUCUCUUUCACUACUGCUUGUAAAUAUGGUAAUCGAGGGAUGGGAAAAAAUCUCACUGUACACACGUUCUUAAAAAAAAUUCCCAAAAUACAUGAGUUAUAAAAAAAUUUCCCAAAGUACACAUGUUUGAGCAUCACCGUUUUAGACAAAAGCGGUGAAGGUCAUCACCGCGUUUGACGAACACGGUGAAUACUUCAUCGUCUUAAACAAAAACGGUGAAGUAUUCACCGUUUCAAACUAAAACGGUUAAGUUUUC